CGGAAAGAUUUACGCAUUAUUGGCAACGUUUUAUUCACUUAAGAGCGAAACGAUUAUCAAAAUGGAAGCUGUAAUCGAAGCAAAUAACAAGUUCACCGUGGAAGUCCACAAAGCUCUGAAAAAUGAUCAGAAAUUCAUCGGCAAAAACCUCUUUUAUUCACCGAGUAGUUUGAGUAUUGCACUUGCUAUGACUUACCUCGGAGCAAAGGGCAACACAGCUGGGCAGAUGGCCAAGGCUCUUAAAUGGGACGCAUUGCCACAGGAGCAACUCCACACUGAACAGAAACACUUUUUAGAAGCUCUCCAAGCAUCAAACACCACCAGCAACCAACUCCUGCCUGCAAAUCGUCUAUUUGUUCAGAAGAAUUUUAGCCUGGUAGAAGAGUUCGUAGAAGGCACAAAAAAGUUCUAUGGUGCCGAGACAGCUCUGGUCGACUACCAAAAUGAUAACGAAGGCGCAAGAAAGGAGGUGAACCAGUGGGUAGAGGAAAAAACAGAACAGAAGAUCAAGAAUAUAAUCGGUGAGGGAGUGUUUACCACACGUACCCGGUUGACCUUGGUCAAUGCAAUUUACUUCAAAGGAUUAUGGCAAAACCAGUUUGAUGAAGAGGCGACUUACCCUCAGCAGUUCUUUGUCUCGGAUGGUGAAAAGGUAGAAGUAAAAAUGAUGCAUGUUACAAAAAAGUUCAAACAUGUUGAAGAUGAUGGAGAUCUGGGAUGUCAAGUUCUUGAGCUGCCUUACCAAGGAGAGGGCCUCUCCAUGGUGCUGCUACUUCCCCAUGAUAUCAAUGGCCUAGCCAAGUUAGAGGAAGGCCUUACCCACUACAACCUACAUAAGGCUCUUCAGUCUGUAACAAAGUCACGCCCCCACAAGGUAGAGGUGUCCUUGCCAAGAUUUAGGCUGACGCAGCAGUUUCUUCUGAACAACGUCCUGGAAAAGAUGGGGGCAACAGAUAUGUUCAGUGAAUUCAAGGCUGAUUUCUCAGGCAUCAGCCUGGGUCUAGAGAAGCUCUAUGUGUCCCAUGUUAUUCACAAAGCAUUUGUGGAGGUGAAUGAGAAGGGUACAGAGGCUGCGGCAGCUACAGCGGUGGUCAUGAUGGGUCGAAUGGCUUUGCUAAAUCCCAUCUUCUGCGCUGAUCACCCAUUCCUAUUCAUGAUUUGUCACAAAAAAACUGGUGCAAUUUUGUUCAUGGGCCGUUUGGUGAAACCAGAAGCAGAGUAGUUCAGUUACAUGUCACUGGACAUGAUGUUGGAAACAUUGGUGUAGAUGUUUUGAUCUCAGAAAUUGUACUUACUUUUGUCCAACUCAAAUAAACUUACUGAUGGAGACUGAUAUAAAGGGACCUUCCAUGAAAAGAUAAUUAGGAAAUGAGGCAACAUUGUUUUUCAUUUCUUAUCAGUAAUAACUCUCAUUUGAUUUUUUACUCUAGUUCCUCACACAAUUGUAACAACAAUGCCAUCAACAGUGAUCAAAAUUUGUCCUCCUCUUGGAAAAAAAUACUUAUAAUAAACACUCCCAUUUGACUAAACACAUAAUCAAUAAAGA